CGAUGAUCUUAACUGUUGUCCUUUUUAGGAAACCAAUCACUUUCUGUUCUGGGGAAAUAGUCGAGUCCAUUCUCAAUCGUCAAUAAGACUUCCCCAAUGUCUUCGCCAUCGUCAGCAGGGCUCCGCUAACUGCGCACAGCCGGCGUGGGACUCGGACUUAGAGACGCCAUCACUUGUGAUGACAGCAAUGCCGUCGCACGCACAUUGUCUCUCUCUUCCUCUCUCUCUCUCUCUUUCUAGUAUAAAAAGGAACCAAGUCGUCAACAAUGGGUUCCCAAGUGUAUAUACUCUUCAACACAUCGCAGAAAGCAUCAGCGACGGAGAACAACCAACUUUCAGUUCAUUAACAUCUUCCGUCCACCAUGACCAGCUCCAUCGAUCUCCCGCCUCUCGCUGGGGGAGAUGUCAAGAUUUUUCUCGCGUCUCAGUUUUGCUCCACGCCUCUCAUGCCACCCAAAGACCUCUCUCUCGCAGGACAGACGGUUAUCAUCUCCGGAGCCAACGGCGGCUUGGGCUUGACGUGUGCCGAAAUGCUGCUAGACCACCAUGUGUCCCGACUCAUCAUCGCCGUCCGCUCAUUGGGGAAGGGGGAGGCUGCGGCAGAGACGCUCAAGAAGAAACAUCCCGCCGCUAACAUCGAGGUCUGGUCCUUGGACAUGAUGUCGUACAAAUCCAUCCAGGCGUUUGCGGAUCGCUGCUCAGCCCUCUCUCGGAUCGAUGCUGUCAUCUUGAACGCCGGCAUGGCGAUAGGGACCUUCAGUCUCUCAUCCCAUGGCCACGAGGAAUCGGUCCAGGUCAACUACCUAUCGACCACACUUCUUGCAGUCCUGCUUCUGCCCAUCCUCAAGUCAAAGAACACCGCUGGGAAGGCGAGCAGGUUGACCAUCGUCAGCUCGGGCUCCACCUUCGGCGCCAAGUUUCGGGAGCACGACAAGGUGCCGUUGAUUGCGGCACUGGACGACGAGACCAACUUUGAUCCUCUCGAUCGAUACCAGACGUCUAAGCUCUUGGGCCAGCUCACCAUCACCAAGCUCGCAUCCUAUGUCCCCAAGGAGGAUGUGAUCCUGAAUCUUGUGGACCCGGGCCUGACCAAAGGGUCAUCGCUCCAUCAACAUCUCAAUAUCGCUCAGAAGGCUUUCAUGGGGACAGUCAAAGCCUUGACUGCGAGAAGCCUAAAGGACGGUGCAUCGACAUACAUCGAUGCCGCGGUGGUCAAAGGAGACGAGACACACGGCAGCUACCUGAUGGACUGGAAAAUUCACCCUUUCCCCGCAUUUGUGUACACGCCAGAGGGAAGAACUUGCGCAGACCGACUAUGGGAUGAGACUCUGCAGGAGCUGGACUUUGCCGGCGCACGCUCGAUCCUUCAUUCCAUGCAGUCGGGCCGGCGAUAAGAGAAGCCCUUCUUCCCCGGGCCUUUUGCACCGCCAGUCUGGGUUUCUUUCCACAUGGUACACGGAACGGGAUGGGUUGUAUGCAGAAAGGUUACAUACAACCACGGAUGCACUUGGGUCUCAACACAAUGGGUUGGGUGGUAGCGUGCCGGUUGGAUGGUUUGGUUAGCGUUAUGGGGUUUGGUCCACAGGGAUUGGAAGUAUUUUGGUCAUUGGAGCGUUCAUCAACAUGUUGUUAGACAUAUAGAGGAGGAAACAAUAAUGCUG